CUUGGUUGUUUUCUUGUAAUGGCGGAUCACGUAGAAGGAGACGGAAUCGGUUUCGACGAGAACAGGAUGGCAGAAGCCCUUCGUUUUCGUGGCCCUGCUCCCCCAAGCCCAGUGAUGCGGGGCCCUCCCCCGCUGAUGAGGCCCCCGCCCCCUCCAUUCGCCAUGAUGAGAGGACCGCCCCCUCCCCCACGGCCUCCAUUCGGACGUCCACCAUUCGAUCCCAGUAUGCCGCCCAUACCUCCUCCUGGGGGUAUGCCCCCGCCGGUGGGACCCCCACACUUACAGAGACCCCCAUUCAUGCCUCCUCCAAUGGGCAAUCUGCCUCCCCCCCCCGGAAUGAUGUUCCCCCCUGGAAUGCCCCCUGUACCCUCCCCGGGGGGGCCCACGCUGCCACCUUCUGAGGAGAUCUGGGUGGAGAACAAGACCCCAGAAGGGAAGGUGUACUACUAUAACGCCCGUACCCGGGAGUCGGCCUGGACCAAGCCGGAUGGGGUGAAGGUUAUUCAGCAGUCGGAGCUCAGCCCCCUGAUGAUGUCCCCGGGAGCGGGGCCCUCGGCCACAGCCUCGCCCACCAGCCUUCCGGCCGCCAGCUCUGCUGCAACGGCACCUGCUGCCACCCGGGCCCCUUCCCCAAGCUUGAGCUCCAGCAGCCCCGCGCCCAGCAGCAACAGUGCCCCUUCCUCCCCAGCCAUCUCCCAGCCUAUUGUCGCCCCACCCACCACGGAGAUGUCCCCUGUGGCGUCAUCACCCUCCAUUACAGGGGCGCCCCCGGUGGUGACAGGGAGUAUAUCUGUGGCUGCUGCCACGGCGACACCACUGCCAGCCGUCCCUCAGCCGCUGCCGCAGCCACUGGCACAGAGUCUGCCGGCCCCCAUACCGCACGCCGUGCCACACGGCCUGCCCCAGCCCGCCGCCAUGCCCGCCUUCCCCCCCGUCAUGGUGCCACCAUUCCGCGUGCCCCUUCCAGGGAUGCCCAUCCCACUGCCAGGUGUAGCAAUGAUGCCGAUAGUCAGCUGCCCCUAUAUAAAGACAGUCGCUCCCAACAAAAACGGUUUGCUCCCCAGAAUGGCUCCUCCCCUGGUUCCCAUGAUGCACCCACAGAUGGCCAUGGCGGCAGGGCCUGCUGUACUGGCCGGCACACUCUCCCUCUCAGAGUGGUCCGAGUACAAAACGGCCGAUGGGAAGACCUACUACUAUAACAGUCGGACUUUGGAGUCCACCUGGGACAAGCCGGAUGAGCUCAAGGAGAAAGCAGAUAAGGAUGGGGAAAAGGCCAAGGAUGGCAAAUUCUUGCUAGAAAAUUCUGAUCUGAUGGACAUGGAUGAUGACGAGCCUAAGUUGGAUCCUCCCAAGGACAUGAAAGAGCUCCACGUCGCCUUUGCUCAGGAGCCAAAGGAGGAGGAGAUGACCGAGGAGGAGCGAGCUGCUCAGAAGGCCAAGCCGGUGGCCACCACUCCCAUCCCUGGCACCCCCUGGUGCGUGGUUUGGACAGGUGACGACCGCGUCUUCUUCUACAAUCCCACCACCCGGCUUUCCAUGUGGGACCGGCCCGAGGAGCUGAUGGGGCGGGCUGAUGUGGACAAGAACAUCCAGGAGCCCCCCCAUAAGAGGGGUCUGGAGGACAGCCGCAAGUUGGUGGGCGUGAGCCGAGAGGAGCUGGAAGCUGCCGCUGCGGAGGCCCUGGAAGACGAGCCCAUCAAGGCCAAGAAGAGAAAGAAGGAAGAGAUGAAAGAGACCCCCGAGGCAGAGAAAGAGGUGGCGGUGGAGGCGGAGAUUAAGGCGGCGCGGGAGCGGGCGGUGGUGCCCCUGGAGGCCCGCGUCGCGCAGUUCAGGGACAUGCUGCUGGAGAGAGCGGUCUCAGCCUUCUCCACAUGGGAAAAGGAGCUGCAUAAGAUAGUGUUUGACCCACGGUACCUUCUGCUGAACCCCAAGGAACGGAAGCAGGUCUUCGACCAGUAUGUGAAGACUCGUGCUGAGGAAGAACGAAAGGAAAAGAAGAACAAGCUCAUGCAAGCCAAGGAAGAGUUCAGGAAGAUGCUGGAGGAGGCAAAGCCAAAUAUCAGGAUGACUUUUAGCGAGUUUGCUUCAAAACAUGCCAGGGAUGCACGGUUCAAGGCCAUUGAGAAGAUGAAGGACCGGGAAGCCAUGUUCAUUGAGUUCAUGACCGCUCUCAGGAAAAAAGAGAAAGAGGAUUCCAAGAGUCGUGGAGAGAAGAUGAAGGUUGACUUCUUCGAGCUCCUGGCUGACCAGCACGUCGAUGGCCAGCUGAGGUGGAGCAAGGUGAAGGACAAGCUGGAGGGUGACCCCCGCUAUAAGGCCGUGGAGAGCUCGGCCAUGAGGGAGGAGCUCUUCAAGCAGUAUGUGGAGAAGCUGUCCAAGAACCUGGACUCUGAGAAGGAGAAGGAGCUGGAGAGGCAGGCGCGGAUAGAAGCCAGCCUGAGGGAGCGGGAGCGGGAGGUGCAGAAGGCGCGCUCGGAGCAGACCAAGGAGAUCGACCGCGAACGGGAGCAGCACAAGCGAGAGGAGGCCAUCCAGCACUUCAAGGCCCUUAUGUCAGACAUGGUACGAUCCUCGGAUGCUACAUGGUCGGACACUCGGCGGAAUUUGAGGAAGGACCACCGCUGGGAGUCCGCCUCCCUGCUGGAGCGUGACGAGAAGGAGAAGCUCUUCAACGAGCACAUUGAGGCGCUCGCCAAGAAGAAGAAGGAGCACUUCCGGCUGCUGCUGGAUGAGACCUCUUCGAUCACAUUGACCACAACGUGGAAGGAGGUGAAGAAGCUCAUUAAGGAAGAUCCCCGCUGCAUCAAGUUCUCCAGUAGUGACCGGAAAAAGCAGAGGGAGUUUGAAGAUUACAUCAAAGACAAAUACAUCACAGCCAAAGCGGAUUUCAGGACACUCCUGAAAGAGACCAAAUUCAUCACAUACAGGUCCCGAAAGUUGAUCCAGGAGUCAGACCAGCACCUCAAGGACAUUGAGAAGGUCCUCCAGAACGAUAAGCGAUAUCUGGUCCUGGAGUGUGUCCCAGAUGCACGCCGCAAGCUCAUCAUGUCAUACAUCGAGGAUCUGGACCGCAGGGGGCCACCGCCCCCGCCCACCGCCUCGGAGCCCACUCGCCGCUCCACCAAAUAAGGGGAGCUCUACCCCACUCCGGGCUCCCCCGGGUCUGGCGGCUUAGCCGGCCUGCAGACUGCGCAGUAUUAGCUAACAUCAUCAUGACAAGGAGUAUCCCAGCAUCCAUCCUGCAUCACCUUAUUCUCCAGAUUACCACACCCAAGAUCUAUGGACUCCAAGCGAUGGUGAUACGCUGACAUGUGUUCUUCACAUCCAUGGUUACCUUUGACGGUCCAGAAACCAUUAAAACUAUUUUCUAUUUUUAUUUUUAGAUGUAUGUAUGUGUUCCUCUGAACAUACAUGCUGGUAUUCUGGAGAUGCUAAUUCUAAUGGUGGUGAUGACUGAUUAUCUUUUGACAGACGUCAUUAAUGCUAAAGUACAGUUUGAAUGUUUAAAUGUUUCCUAAAAUUACUUAAUUUUGAUGUUGCGGUUUCUGUAUAAGUUUACUGAAAUAAAAGCAGCCUCCCAUUUUUUUUUAUAA